AUGGCUCAACCACUCAAGGAGAAGGAGCAAGGUGGUCUGAGAAUUCUUCCGGACAGUCAGAGUGAAAGACUCCAUGUCUUCGAAGCCAUCAAACAGCUGCUGUGGCACUGCAAGAAGCUAGAAGAUGACGAUGCUAUCGAUGAUAUGAAGAAUGCUACACGUUUGAAGCAAAUGAAAUACGAUGAAAUGGUCAAGGACUUCAUGGUGAAACUGCCCCCUGACGGACAACUCGACGACCUCGCGCUUUUUGUCACUCGCAAACUCAUGAGUGCCCGGAAAUGGAGAGAGAUGUAUCCCAUCGUCAUCGAUCCUAACCACAACAUCAAAAGAAAAGCGUAUACCUUGUGGCAAAACAGUCGUUAUAUUGGCAUUCGGAAUCAACUGGAUUGCCUGUAUCGGAGAUUACAUGUUGUUAGGUCACCAGUUUCGAGGACAGUUUCCCUACCUUUUUGA